AGUUAUAAAUUAGGAAUGGGUAGUUAUAAAUUAAAGUUAUGUAGUUAUAAAAUUAAAGUUAUACCACGUGGUAUUUUCAGGCCUAAAUUAAAUUAUGGAGAUUAACACAAUAUUAUCUGAAGUGUCAGAAUCACACCUUAACCAUUAUUUGAUGGUGUAUUGUUGGACUAAAGACAAGAUACAGCUGUACAAUGGCCCAUGAAAGGAUUAAAAAUGGAGGAUUGGAGAAGAAACCUUUCUUGCAGUUAUUCUCACUCCUUCCUUCUCCCCCUCCUCCUCCUCCUCCUACUCCUCCUUCCUUCUUCUCUCAUUCUCCUCAUCUGAUAGAUAUCAAUCACCCAAAAACAAUUCCAACGCCCUCUCCGUUGCUAUGGAGACCGCCCAUGCUAUUGAAAUCUGCCGAUACUGAUUCAGCAAUCGAAGCCACACCCAUUGCUCCACCUCCUAAAGAACAGUCGCCACACCAAGUACCAAAUCAUGAAAUAUUAUCAUUUACUGAGAAAUCAAAGUCUUUGUCAACUGAGGCUGAUGGUGGAUCUACUAAUGAUAUCAGUACUAAAGAUGCUAAAACUUCAACAGUUUAUUCAGGUUCUUUGUCGUCUCCUGUAAAGGUUUUUGAUAAGGUUUUUAGUAAAGCACCUUCCGUAUCUCCUACUCAACAAGACUCAGUAGUAUCCAUUACAGUAUCAGUAACUAAUCAAACUACCAAUGUUGCAAGGAGGAGAGGGUCUUUAUCUGCCCCACCCAUAAAGAGGAGACAAUCCACUUCUUAUACAAGGAAUAAUUCAGUGUCUGGUUUUACUAGUGGAAGUAGGAGGAGCUCCGGAACUCAGUCAGGUGCUCUCUCAGUUCCAAUUGGACGAGAGAAGAGAACCUCUUCCAUUGGUUGGUCAAGUUCUGUCUCCAGUUCUCAGUCUCUUUCAGUCCCAAACUCAGCUAAUGGACGCCGUCAUUCGACUUCACCUCAGAGAUGGCCGACUCCUACCUCAAAGAGAUCCGGUUCACCUCAAGGAGGACGGCCCUUAUCCAAAUCAUCUUCAUGUUCUGGUCACCGAGCCUCUUCAGUCUCUAGUAACUGUGGGUUUUCUUUCAUCACUGAUAAGAGGGCUUGUGGUCUCGGGCAUUCUAAGUUUCAUCACGUGACGCUUCGUAAAUUGAGCAGCUGCCCAGACUCCAUUGGAGACACUAGCAGCAGUGAUAAUAAUAAUAAAAGAAUGAUUCUUAAGUCAAGUAGUGGGAAGAGGUUUUGGUUCCGCUCACAGAACUCAAUCAUUUUAUCAAGCGACAGGGGGUUCUAUUCCAUACUGGACUUUAAGGAGGUGAAAUGUCAUUGGGAGAUAAUGAAGAAGAGGCGGUCUUGUCUUCGUUUAUUACUAAUCGUCAUUAGGAUCAGAUUAUUGAUAAAGGAGUCAAAAGAGAAACAAACUUUUCAAAAUAAACCACAGACUCUAGCUGAGUUGAACUAUUACUCCCAGUAUACUGCUUUCUCUACAAAGACAAUGACUUUCAACAAGGCAGAGUUUGCUCAGAAGACAUCUUGCAAUGCCACCAUACCACUCUGGGCAAGAUUCGCUAUGGAGGAAGACCCUGUACUGAGGAGUCCAGCAAAGAUUAAGAAACUCGUUUCUUUAUUUAAGCAUUUAAGUGCAUUCCAUGAGUCACUGUCCUCCUCGGCCCAAGAGGAGUACUGCCGCUGCUGUCAGUACACAAUCGUGAGUGAGAGGCAAGUGAUUCUAAAAGCAGGUCAUCCCAGUUUCUUCAGCUACCUUAUAAUAUCAGGUAGUGUCUUUGUUAACGUCGAAGAUGAAGACCCAGCCACUGGGAAAAAGUGCUACAGAACAACAAAGAUACUACACGAAGGGGCAUUAUUUGGAGUAAGCUCUCAUGUAGCAGCUGUCGAUCAUAUAAUACAUGUACAUGUAGUCCGUCCUGUCUGGAGGGGUGUGUGUGUAUAA